GCCGCCGCCGCUCUCCUGCACCCCCCAGGACCGGCCGCGCCUUCCCGCUUCCCCGCCGCCUGGAACAUGGUCGGGGAAAUGGAAGCCAAGGAGAAGCCCAAGCCCACCCCCGAUUACCUGAUGCAGCUGAUGAACGACAAGAAGCUGAUGAGCAGCCUGCCCAACUUCUGCGGGAUCUUCAACCACCUCGAGCGCCUGCUGGACGAAGAAAUUAGCAGAGUACGGAAAGAUAUGUAUAAUGAUACAUUAAAUGGCAGUACAGAGAAGAGGAGUGCGGAACUACCAGAUGCGGUGGGACCUAUUGUACAGUUACAAGAGAAACUAUAUGUGCCUGUAAAAGAAUAUCCGGAUUUUAACUUUGUGGGGCGAAUCCUUGGACCCAGAGGACUAACGGCAAAACAACUUGAAGCAGAAACAGGAUGUAAAAUAAUGGUCCGAGGGAAAGGCUCAAUGAGAGAUAAAAAGAAGGAAGAGCAGAACAGAGGCAAGCCCAAUUGGGAGCACCUGAAUGAAGAUUUACACGUACUAAUCACUGUGGAAGAUGCUCAGAACAGAGCAGAAAUCAAACUGAAGAGAGCUGUUGAAGAAGUCAAAAAACUCUUGGUACCUGCAGCAGAGGGGGAAGACAGCCUUAAGAAGAUGCAGCUGAUGGAACUUGCAAUUCUCAAUGGCACCUACAGAGAUGCCAACAUCAAAUCACCAGCCCUUGCCUUUUCUCUUGCAGCCACAGCCCAGGCGCCGAGGAUCAUUACCGGGCCCGCGCCUGUCCUUCCACCAGCUGCCCUGCGUACCCCUACGCCAGCUGGCCCUACCAUAAUGCCUUUGAUCCGACAAAUACAGACCGCUGUCAUGCCAAACGGAACUCCUCACCCCACUGCUGCAAUAGUUCCUCCGGGACCCGAAGCUGGUUUAAUUUACACGCCCUACGAGUAUCCCUACACACUGGCACCAGCUACUUCGAUCCUUGAGUACCCUAUUGAGCCCAGUGGUGUAUUAGGUAUGGCUUUCCCAACGAAAGGCUAAGAAUUCAAGAACGGUCUUAACCGAACCCUCAUCAGAUCUGAAUUUAACAAAUGCUUAGUUUCAGCAGCCUCGGGGAAAAAUAAAAAUAAAAAAGCUUGGCCUAGCAGUCAGUGACUUACUUGCACUUUUUUGCACAUAGAUUAUCAAAUGAAAUUUUGCCAUUGAUUUGGUUUAGCCUGUAUUUUGAUGAAGUAGCUGUAAUUUAUAAAUGAGUGUACAGUAGUAUACUGACUGCUAAGUGUUCUAUACUGUUUGCUUUACUAAUCACCUAAUUCAUUGCAGUUCAUACUUAUGACUUAAAAGUUUAAAACCACAAUCUGUAGGCUUGAAGAAUUGCUUUUAAACUUUUGCUAAAUGGUAGAAACUGGAAGUGGUCUUAAGGUUAGCAAGUAAUUGUCAGUAUUAAAUAUGGCAUUAUUUAAAUAGUCCUGCUGCAAGAAAGGCACUUCAGUGAAUAUGUGACUAGUAAAGCUUAAAUGUGCUUGAGUCUAAUUGAUUUCAUGAGAAACUGAAAUUUGGGGAUCUCAAAUGAAUGGAUCAAGCAGGUUAAGGCCAGAAUGUUUGAAAUGAAUGCAAUUUUAAGCUCCACAGACAUACUCCACAUAUUAUGGUUAAAAUUUGAAAUGAUUGUGCCUUAACUUGUUGCUUUCUUAAAACAAAUCUUUGUGUUGUAGUAAAUGAGCAUUGAAAUCCAUUUUGAUAAACCCUGCUGUUAAUGUUGAUUUCUUUGUGAAUGUUUUCUAACUUUGUCUUGGUAAUUGCAAUUUAACUAGGUGCGGUGGCUACUAAAGUUCGAAGGCACGAUAUGCGAGUCCAUCCUUACCAAAGGAUUGUGACCGCAGACCGAGGUUAGUUUAGUUCUGCAGUUCUUGUUUAUAAGAAAUAAUGUGGGAUGUACAUGAAAUUUGCAACACCACAUCUGGCGAGGAAAUCUUCUCCCUCUUCCCCCUCCCCACCCCCUCCACUCAUCCAUUUUGUGUUUGCCCCUUUCCGAUUUGAGUAGUGAUUACUGUGAAAAAUUGGUAUCUUUUAAGGCAUUUCAAAAGUUCCUUGGUUUCUUCCUGUCCCCAGACUGUCCAACUGUAGGCGUGUGGUAACGUACAUUAUCCUGACCCAAUAUGAAUACGUUUGUUUCCCGUUAUUCUUUUGCCUCUUUAACUGGCCCGAAAACAUAUCAGGUUGGUGUCGCAGAAACACACUGGAUGGGUGGGUGCUUAAUGGAAAAGAAGUAAAGGGGAAUCAAUGCCUCCCUAGUAUAUCUGGAGAAAUUUGAAGAUUUAGUUUCCACUUUCUUUUGCAAUAAAAGUUUGGGUCUCUGUCUAGCCACGAGGACAUACUUAACCGAGGUAGCAAAGUAAGGACUGUGAAGAUAACUUUUGGAGGUAGUUGGGCUUCUCUGAAUCGAUAUACGUAGUUUCCCUCGUCCUGCUACGUUUUCUUGCCAAAAUAGAUCCUUCGGUAUCUGUCAUUUGCUGCUAAAAUAUAUCGUCUGAAGGUAAAAUGACUUUUGAAGCUCCGUUGCCGAGAUGGGAUCCAGUCACUUGGAGAUCUCUGUUGCUUGACCUUGAGUGGAAAAUAAGUCUUCAUUUUUCUCCUAUUCAUCAGUUAAAAUCUGCCACCUCCUUGUACCCCUGGACCUUCCAAUGAGCUAUUGAAAUCUAUCGGAAGGUAGUCCUUUAUUUUUUUUUUUUUUUCGGUUUAUUGACAUUGAACUCUUUUUCCUGCCACAAGGUAGCCGUGGCUGUCAAUGAAAGUCCAUGAAUUGGCACUUUUCCUCCAACUGAUCUAUCUGCCUCUCUCGUUAGGGCUCAGGGCUUACUCAGUAUAGUGCUCUCUGCAUUCAGUAAGCCCUCAAUAAAUGCCAUUGAUGGAUUAGAGGAAAUGCACUGCAGCUUUUGGUCAUCCUUGUACUCAUGAAGCCCUCCCAUGAAAAAAUAUGUGUUUUUCAGUAUACGCAGUGGACCCCCCCUCCCCCCCCCCCAAUAGGCUGAAUCCCUUGCACCCAGAGGAGCUUCCCGAGGGGACACUCUCGAUAUUUAUUACAGCACCUUACAUUCCACAAGAGCCUCGUAGGCUCUGACACAGGAUGCCCCAAAGGGACAGUAUUAGGGCAGAAAUGCGGCUGCCACAGGACUCUUAUGGUGGCCACCCUGUGGAAACCUAAACUAUCAGUCCCUCACAAAACAUGUUGGAAAUAAAAUGCACACCAUUCCGCCUGAAUCCAGGAAGGAUUUCCUAGGAAACGGAAGCAAUUUUGUGACUUUUUUUUUUUGUGCGUUUGUGUUGGGGGGUGGGGGGGAGGUUUCUUCAGAGCAAAAUGGACACUGUGUAGUGCUUUAUUCACACCAGUGACAUCUUUUAGGAUAGGGUAUAAAAGUAUUUUUUACAGUUUUUCACAUCAGAGAACACUACUCCAUUUCUAUCCAUUUUGAAGAUCCGGAAAACUUUGUCGUUGAGAAUAAUUACUGUCCUUUUAAACAUUCAAUAGAAGAGCUCAACGAAAAUUGCAGUGUAUCUGGAAAUUGGCAACACAUUCCAAGUGUAACUUUUGUAAGUUAAUGAUGCAUGUUGUAGUCUUGUCACUGAUUUGAUUCAGAAUGCAAUGUCAGCAAACCGAAAUAUUAAUUUUUAGAGCACGGGAAACUCACACCCAGCUGUUAGGCAUCCACAUAAAGAUGUACUCUGGGUCUGAGGGAUUGUUUAAGUUGGUUCUCUUAAAUUAUUUUUUCACACUACCGUGCUCACUCUUUUAAAGUAGACUUUUUGUAUCCUCUGUUUAGGCAUUGAGGUGAUGUAAGCAUUACGUUGAAAGCAAGGAAAUUCAGCCUUUGAACGUGUGUCACUGUUUUACUCUUAUAACUAUGCCUUUCAAAUUGGUGAAGGGUUGACCCCGUGUAGAGUUCUUUACUAAGAUAAGCCCCAGCUGUACAAAUAAUGCGAAACUGAAUUUGAUUCCUAUAACUCUACAGACUGACUUGUAAUUGUAAGGAACCAUUAAGUUGCACAGUUGACAACCUGUGUGUACUGUAGAAGGCCAGGGCCUAGGCAGAGGAUGGUGUACUGGUUUCUUUUUAAAAGGUAGCUUGCUUCGAUUUUCUGCUCCACGAGAAAUAAUACUGAUCAUUUUUCUGAAUAAUCUUUUUACAAGAACCAUCCCUCACAUAAUUUAUAUGAAAAAUGUUGUACAUUUUACUCGAAAUUAUAAUCACUACCACAAACGCUUUAUAAGAUUCUGUCUUUCUAGAUACCUGUCAAGUGGCGCCUAUGACCACAUGAAAUAUUUAUUUUUAGUUUCUUCCUUUUGGGAGCAGCAGUUUAAUUUCAGCAUGAUCCCACAUAACCGAUUUUCGAAGAAAUUCAGGGAAGAUGUGUUUACGUUUAAGAUACAGAAGUGAUCUUUUUAAGUGUUUUUGAACUGUAUCCUAAACGGUAGACCACAGAAACCAUUUCUGAUUACGUAAAGGUAAAUCAGCCCAUGAUGCAGAUCAUUUAAACUCCCGCUAUCUGUGAACGUUACACCUACUGGAUUUCAUUUUAUGACAUGGCACAAAUCUGACUUUGCACUGAAGAUCUUUCACUUUCACCUCCUCUGCCUUAGUCAGAAUGGCAACAGUACAAAAAACAAAACUCUUAUCAAACCUCAGAAUUUAUUAGAUAAAUUAAGCUGUUGAAUGAGUCUUAAAAAAAAAUCAUACUACUGUUAAGUGGACCAAGUUUGGUGAAGGAGAGUGUGGUUAGCGGAUAAUUAAGGAAGGAACCGCUCAAGGACAUUGGGAAUGAUAACUUUUUCCACUUGAGAACUUUUUUAUGUUUUACUGUAAUUUUUUUUCCUGGUUUUUGUUUUGUUAUUUUGCAAAAGAAAAUAGUAUUUACAGGUGGCUUCUUUUAAAAUAUAAAAAUAUAAAGCAGGAAUGUAUAUGAAAUGUCAGAUUUUAUUGUAUUUGCAGAGUAUUAGCUUUGAAAUGGAAUAAAGAAAGCUGUUUGUAGUUUUAAAAUGCCUUCUUAGAGAUCAAUUAGAGAUUUUCUCUAUUUUUUGAUGUACUUAGAGCUUUGUAAGUAUAGACUUUAAAAUGGCAGGACUUUACAGUGUUUACAUCUAAGUGCAUUUUAUAAGUGUUCUAUAUGUGUAAAAUAGUAUUUUCAACUGGAAAGUGCUGGCUAGCGCAAAAGGCUUGGUUCCCAUGAUGACGCCUACAUUGCUAGACCACAGUUUAGUAUUGCUUUUGUAUCAUGAGGCCAAGAGAUUCCAUGUUGUUUGUAAAUAGAUAAUUGAAAAGCAAUAAAAAUUUUAUUGAACAAAA